CCAGUGUCCCCUCUGAGACACAGGGGACAGAGGGUGCUGGUGGUCAUGUCCUUGCCGUGUCUUUGAGACCCUUUGUGAGCAGUGAUGAGCUGAUUUUGGACUUGCCUGUUACUCCCUGUAGAAGAGGGCGCUCUUUGGGAUCUUUUGCCGUCUUGUUUUCCUUCACCUCUCAUAAAUCUUAGGCAAAGUCCCAGAAUUUCACAGAGCUCCUGAUCUCCUCUGAGAAGUUACUGGCUCCACUCCUGUUGUUUGUCUUCCUGACACCCUGUCUUUGGGCCAGCUUACUCCUGUUUUUUUUUUUUGGCUGAACCUCUCUCUGGUGCUCUGUACUGUUUCAUACAUACCCUGCCUUUCAACCUUGUUCCUGGUGUUGCUCCUAUACCCGUGCACAUACAUUUCCUCUAUCCAUGCUUCAGCCUAAGCUCCAUCCUGCUGUUACUCCCCAGCAGCACAUUCCCUUUCCCCUCUGCUCUCUUUGCUCAGCAAAUUCACUACUGGACCAGCAAAACCUUUUCUGUUAGUGGAGCAAAGCUCUUGGGCAUCACUGGGGUGAUUUAGCAGUGGCCUGGUGAAGGCUUUGUGAAAAAGCAUCAUCCUCCCUUCUGCCUGCUGCCAGGAAGAAGCUGUCCCUGCUGGUUGCUGGGGGGACACUGAGGUGAUUGAUGGGACUGUGGGGAUUUUGUGUGGGUGGGUGCUGCAGCCACUGCAGGAACCCUGCUCUGCCAUCCGGGUUUGGGGUUUUUCAGACUCACAGCAGAGAGACAGCUGUCCUGGCUGCCCUGCACAGUUUUGAGCUGCUGUGGGGCAUGGCCAGUGUGGUCUGUGAAGCACCCCGUGGCUGGGAGCUGCAGAAGCCUGGUGGGUUGGUCCAGGAUGCCUCAGCCUCUGCCGCUCCUUAAAAGGCGUUGGAUUGAGCUGGCCGGUGUCUCCUUACAGCCACUCGGCUGCUGGCAGCUCUGCCUGCCUCUCCAUCCCAGGGAGGCAUUCUGUCCACUGGGCAUGGAGGUGACUCCAGUGGGAGGGCUCUUUUCCCAGAGCCUGCAGGAAGGGCUGGAGAUGCAGAAAUCUGCAGCGAUGCUGCUGGGUGCCCUGUCUGUGCUUAGGAGGUUUCAAGUGCCACUUAGCAGCCCUGCUGUGCCCUGAUGGCUCCAGUGAGGAGCUCAUCCUCUGCCUUCUUGGAAGCUGUGGGUGGGAAAGAGGCUUCCUGUGUCCAUGCAGCUCCCCACAUAGUGUGGGGCUGUUUUCCUGAGGAGCUGUGGCAGGGAGCAAACUGCCUGGAAGGCAGUGCUGGCUGUGCAGCCUUGUGGUGAAAUCCUGCUCAAGCAGCCUGGCUCCAUCUCAGGAGCAUCCCUGCUGAGCACAGGGCUGAGAGGAAUGAGACCUGUGGGCAUUGCACCAGCUGCCCAGAACCAGUCAUGCACCAGCAGGACUGCCUGCAGCUGGGCUGUGUGUCCAAGUGCUCCAGAAAAAUGGCUCUUGGUCGUUGCUUGGGAAUUACAUCCCUCCUGAGCCCUUUCUUCUCCAGGCUGAAGAAGUGAAACCUCCUGGUUCUGCCCCCAGCCAUCCUCAGCAGGACUCUCUGACUCUCUUCCUCUCUUGAUGUACUUGGAAACAGUAUCCAGGUGUGGUCUCACCAAUGCCAAAUAAAGGGAAAAACCCCUUCCUUUGUCCUGACCACCAAAAAUAAAUAUCUCCAGUUCUAGCAGGAGUUUCUCCCAGAAAAUUUGAACUUAAGUUCUCUUGAAAGGGUAUUUUAGUGCUGCCUUUGCCAUCCUGUAACUGAAGUGAGCAUUGUUUGGGAAUGGGGUGGGUGAGGGCAGGCAUCCAAUAGGGCUAGAGAGGUGACAGGGGUCCCUAUUCAUGAGGAUGCUAAUCCCCAGGAGGGAAAAGGCCAUGAACAACCUUAUGUGGCUUUAAGGUUAACCCUGUUGGGAGUAUAAAGUUAGACCAAAGACCUUUGUUUGUAAUAAUUCCUAAUCCCCUUGUCCCAGCAAUGCCCUGUGUGCUCCCAGCUGCCUGUGUUCUGAAUCCCUCCUCCCUCUGUCAUUCAUUGCUGGUCCCUCACAAAGCCCUCCACAAUCCCAGGGCUGGUUUAGCAUGCUGCAGCUCCUGAUAAUGGGGAAGGAAGUUUGUUUUGUAAUGGGAUUAGCACUUGUGGGAACAGCUUGUGCACAGUGUCAGGGCUGAGCUGGUGCAGCCCUGGCCUUGUGCCACUCUGCCUGGUUGUGGGUCAGCUUGGGGCUGUGUUAGCCCUGCUCAGGACUGCCCUGACCAAAAUGAUGCUCACAGGGCUGUCUCCCAUGAAGACAGGCUGGAGGAGUUCAGGCUGUUAAGCCUGAAGAGAACAAGACUCCAGGGAGACCCUAAAGCCCCUUCCAGUGCCCUCGGGGUCUCCAAGAGAACUGGAGGGACUUUGGACAAGGCGGAAUGGUUUCAAACUGAAAAAGGACAGGAUUAGGUGAGAUAAGAAGAAAUUCUUGGCUGAGAGGGUGGUGAGGCACUGGCACCAAUUGCCCAGAGCAGCUGUGGCUGCCCCUGGAUCCCUAGAAGUGUUCCCUGGCCAGGAUGGAUGGGGCUUGGAGCAUCCUGGGAUAGUGGAAAGUGUCCCUGCUUAUGGCAGGAGACUGGAACAAGAUGAUCUUUAAGGUUCUUUCCAACCCAAACCAUUCUAUGGUUCUAUGAAAAGAUGUAGUUUUGCAGGAUGGAGGCAACCAAGAGGGAUAAAAGACUGAUAGAGGGCAGAAUUGGAGCUUGCCCACCUGGGAAAUGUUCACUGAAUUCUGUCCCUAAUGUCUCCCACCUGCUAGCAAUGAAGCCCUUGGUUAGUGUCAAGCCUCACAUCACCCAUCCCAGCACAAGUCAUCAAGGCUCCCAGGUACCUCCGAGGUUGGAGAGAACCAGAACUGAUCCUUGUGGGACUGGGUUAAACCCUCACAUUGUCAUCCAUGCCCCCUUCCUACCCCUCUGGCCUGGGGAAGUUCCUUGAAGCCAAGCCUAGUGAUUAGUUUGAAACCCCAGGCCUAGCAGGGAUGCUUAAGUUACUUGAGUAUCCCUGAGAAUGCUGUGCCCUGUGUUUUGCCUCCAACCACAGCAGUCUACAGGAGGGAGGAUCAGAUAACAGCUCAGCUGCCAGAGUCUAGAGCAAAGGAGAGAAAUUUGCUCCUGAUCCCUUCAGGCUGCCAGUGGAAUGUGCAGGGUUGCACAUACAUGGCACACAUGUGCACUGGCACAGACAUGGCCCAGCUGAAUGCCUCCUCUUUAAUCUUUUCCUAAAGACCAAAUAUUUGACCCAAAGGACAAAUUUCAACUUCUGACUUGGAGAUCACCCUCACUCAGUCCCUUCAGUAUGGUUCCCAGCAUCCUUCCAAACCACUGACUUGCUCCUGGUGUCCUGUUUGGAAAUUGUCCCAAGACAUCUCUGCUUGGAUGCCUCCACCUAAUUUUGAGUCUACACCUGUGAGCAGUUUUCUCCUUCUCCUUGCACAAUUUUGGAGGCCUGUCUCCAAACCACCAUGCUCAGGCACAUAGAAGGGGAAAUUGCUUUAAGCUAAAAGGAACAUCGAUUUAGAUUAGAUACAAGAAGUAUUUUACAGUGUGGGUGGUAAAGCCCUGAUACAGGCUGCUCAGAGAGGUGGUGGAAGUCCCAUGUGUGGAAACAUUCAAGGCCAGGUUGGACAGGGCUUGGAGCACCCUGAUUUAAUUGAAGAUGUCCCUGCUCACAACAGGAGGUUGGACUAGAUGACCUUCUGACCCAAACCUAGGAUUCUAUGACCUUCCAGCUGAGACCAUCCCAGUGCCUUGCUAGUGGUGUGGCUGUGUCCCUCCCCAAAACAUCCCAGGCAAGCCUGGAGACUGCAUCACCUGCACAAUGAGGGCUCUUGCAUUUGCACUCGACUUCCAGCCUGUCCCAAAGGAAGUGGCACAUCAUAUACCAGAACAGGCAGGAAAGGAAGCACAGGGGUGUUUAUCAGUCCCCCUGCACCACAGACCCUGCACGCCCUGCUCAGCUGAGGGUCCCUCUGAAAGUCCAGCUGUUGGGACAACCUUAGGCUCUGUGGCAUUGGCAUUGACAGCCUCACAGACAGCACAGUAAUUCGUGGUGGCAGCAGCUGCUCCCACUCAAAACACAGCAAUAAUUGUUCUUGCUGGGCUGGUCCUGCUUGGGGCCAUAAAGAGCAAGAUCCUUCUUUUAUCAUCAUCCAUGUCAUUCCUGUCUUGGCAUGUGCAGUAAAUGUCUGUCUGUCAGCAGGGCAUCAGGGCACAAGGUCGGGUCACCUUCUGACAGACUCACAGGUCGCUUGGGGGGUGGAGUGGGAGCAUCGGUCUCCUGUGCCUUGGUGUAGGGGUGGGAUGGGUCUGUCACAGCAGUGCUGGGGGGAGGCAGUGACCCCUCUGCUCUCCAUUAACAGCGCAGCCCCUGUGUGUGCUGGGCCAGGCAACCAUCCCUCCCUGACGGCAACAGCUCAUUUCCAUUUAGAUAGAGGAAUUUCAAUCUCAGUUUGCCAGCUCUUUGCCACGGUGCGACCCAAAUAUCCUGUUUCCUCCCCCAGAUGCUCUCUGGGCUCGGGGGCUGCAGCGCGCUCGGGGGAGCAGCCGCCGGGCCCAGGGCACAGCUGGGCCGAGAACGCGGGUGCUCUGUGGCCGCGGUGCCCGCCCCACACUGCGGCCCCGCACGGCCUGUGGGCUCUGCGGCCUCCGGAGCGGAGGGGCCGGCGGGGAGCCCCAGGGGCGAGCGGGGAGGGCAGCGGGGCGGGUACGGGACACUGGACAGCAGACACGGCACACCUCACACCGCACACCGCACACCCCACACGGUCGCUAGGCGGGCGCUGCGGCGGCGCCGGGCAGGGCCCGCGGCCGGGCCGCCGCUGCCACCUGCGGGCCGCGCCGGGAGCGGCGGUGCCGCCGGGAGCCGCGGCCGAGCCGUGCGGGGCGGGGCCCGGCGUGAGGAGGCCCGGCCGGGGCGGGGCCGCGCAGCCAUGUCGGAGGGCACGGCGGGAAUGGCGGCACCCGCGGCGAUGGCGGAGGCGCGGCUGCGGCGGAAGCAGCUGCUGAGCGCGGAGGAGGCGGAGCUGUUCGAACUGGCGCAGGCGGCGGGCAGCGGGCUGGACCCGGAGGUGUUCCGGGUGCUGCUGGACCUGCUGCGCAUGAACGUGGCGCCGCUCGCCGUGUUCCAGGUGCUGAAGUCGAUGUGCGCCGGGCAGCGGCUCCCGCCGGCGGCCGAGAGCAGCCCCGCCGCGCCGGCGCCGAUCCCCGCCGACAGCCGAGGGAGAAAUAAAAGCAGCUCUGCUGUCAGUGGGUCACAGAUUCUGGCCGAAAGAAGCAGCAGGGAAGGAUCUGCCCAGAGGAUGCCCCGACAGCCGAGCGCGAGCCGCGCACAGAAGGCAGGAACCUCUGGGAAGGGCAGCGGGGGAGGCAACAGCACCUGAAAAAGGCCUUAGAACAGAUGGAUUUUGAUGCUUGACAAUGUAUAUAAAUUGUGCUCGUUAAAGCUGCUUGUGUUGUACAUAUUAAACUAAAACCUUGAUUUGUAAUACAGG